UCUGGGAACUUCAGCAAAGAGGAUAUGGACAGGGAUGAUUUAUGAACAGCAUAUUGUCUGUUAUCAUGAGAAACCUUAUCUUUUAUCAGGUACUUUUACACUCAACAGAUUACAUUAGUUAUUUCAUUUAGAAGAUGUAGUUGACUUAAUAAUUGUUUUUAAUAAAUGUAAAUGUGUCAAGUUUGAGAAAGUCAGCAAUAGGAUUCAUACACACAUGCUACAUUCUGUAAAAGGCUUGUAGUGUGAAGGGAGGUGCAUGUUUCCUAUGUUAGAGGUAAUGAUUUUGAGCUUAGAGUCUCAAUACAGCAUUUGUUCUGGCAAAUAACAGUAUACGGUACAAGUCUUUUCAUGCUUAAUAAACCUGUUCUACCAACUGGAGAUGCAUCAUCUCACUUAUGUUUGGCCACAUCAACAAAGUAGAGGUGGAGGAGGCUAGAGAGGCCACUGAAUGCAUCAUAUUAAACUUCAGCAGAAAAUACAUAAACAUGCAGUGUACUGCGAGACUAAAGAUCAUUAAGAUGAAUUUCAUAUUUCAUUUUUGAAAUAAGGUAAACAGUGCAAUUCAGCAGUAUGACUGUGUUUUACAAGGUUGUGUCAUAAAAAAAGAAUUGUGACUGUUAUUUUACAGAUUGUCACUGUUAUCGUACCUUCAAAGAAUGUGCAGGAUGACCACCGCUCCACUCAGCUUAGUCUUUGCGAAGCUGCUGAAAGCAUCAGUGAGUCCAAUCUGAAAGAGGAGAUUUACGCACACUUAGAUCUGUGCAGUGUUUUACCUUAUUUUAGGCUUUCUGCUAUCAGACAAAGCAAGAUUCAACAGUGGACAGGCAGUAGUCAUUGGCAGUAUGUAACGCACCUGUGCACAUCCUGGUGGAAAAAGCUCCACCUCUUGGGAAUCGUAGUUUUUAAAUACUGGAUGAGGAGCUGUUAGGCAUACAAAUGGAAGCCAUUCUUGUUAUAAAACACAAGAAAUGGUGCUCCAAAUAAUGUUAAAUAGUUUUUUGGUAUUACCAUAAUAGUUUGUAGUUUUAAGACAAGCAUUUAUACAAGGUUGUGUCAGAAAAAUGCUGUAAGUGUGUCCAUGUAUUCCAAAUGAAUUUGGUAAAAAUAUAGUCUCAUUUGUCCACACCUGUGCCUAAAGUGAUUUAUGUUACACAAGCUAAUAAUGAUACCAGGGAAGAUGACCACUAAAGAUUGUUUAAUAUGUUUAUUUGGAUAGUGAUACUGAUGUUUGGGCUCACCCUCACUCAAGAUGUGAACUGAUAAAAGAAAAGCAAAUAGUGUAAAAUCAGGGUUUGCUCCUUCUGAUUUAGAGCCACUGAAAACUGUAUUCACACAGUGCAGCAUCUUUGGAGCUGUUGAGCUGAUCCAUACCAAGUGCAUCAAUACUGGGUGUGUAAAGUCUUCUAGAGGGCUGGAUUGGACCCUUUGGCGGGCCAGUUCUGGCCCCCCAGCUGUAUGUUUGACACCCCUGUCAAUUCUCUCUCACUUGUUGCUUUUUUGUUACAUAUUGCAAGAAGGAAGCUUAUUCAAGACAGAGGAUGUGCAAUAAAAGAAGGCCCUGCAGCCUCCUGACAUCUUUAUAAAACAUGUGUUUUUCCAGUUUAGUGUUGUAGGCUGUAGGAAUUGGUGAUGACUAAUGCCUAAUAAGCAUGCUAACAUAACACCAUGGCACCAUAAACAAAUUUGACAUAAUUACUGCAUGUGUGGUAGAAAUCACUUUUAAAAAUGGCCUUUGUGGGAAUAAUAAAAUGUGACAUCAGAACUAUUUUUCUGAAACACCCUUUUAGUGGGAGUGGUCAUUCCUGGAAAAUAGCUGUUUACAGCUUGUUAAAUUCUGCUCAGAGUUUCACCAUUGUUCCUUCAGUGAGAUGCCUUUCUUUUGUUCACUUCAUUUUGAGUUCUGUGCACUGCAAUCAAAAUGAAAGAAAAGACUUUGUUAUUAUUUGGUAUUCUUUUCCUGAUCAGCUUGUCUACUGGUCAUGAGGAAGGUUUAAUCAGACUGGCUGGUGGUCAAGAUUACUAUGAGGGUCGUGUGGAGAUCUUUCAUGAUGGAGUUUGGGGGACUGUGUGUGAUGAUGACUGGGACAUAAAUGACGCUCAUGUAGUGUGUCACCAGAUCCACCUCCCUGGUGCAGCAGAAGCUGUAGGGUCUGCUGCAUUUGGCAAUGGGGAUGGCAGAAUCUGGAUGGAUGAUUUAGGAUGUAGUGGGACAGAGAAGAGCCUGGUCCAAUGUACAUUUCGUGGGUGGGGGGUCCAUAACUGUGCUCACACAGAAGAUGCUGGUGUCAGAUGCAAAAAUGGAACAAAACCAAUCAACAGGACUCUAAGCCACGAGUAUGAUGUAGACCACAAAACAAGCCUUUCUCAACAGCUGGGGGAACUGUUUGACAGUGGACAUGACUGUGACUUGAACAUCACAGUGGUGGCGCAAAACAACAGCCUUGAGACAAUCUGUGCUCACAGGGUCAUCCUCUCUCUGAACUCCUUCUUCAAAACUUCACAGACAGACCUCAGCAGCCUCAGCAUCAAUACCACGCAUGACUGCAAUAUUUAUGCCAAGAGCUUUGUCAGAUACUUCUACACAAGAAAGAUUAAAUUCACACGAUCCUCUGCCUAUUGCAUUCUCAAGAUGGCAUCCGACUGGGGUCUGACAGAAGUACAGAAUGAGGCUGCAAAUAUUUUCAGACUGUUUCUUCCAGAGGAUCCCACUUUCCAGAGUCAGAGCUCUUUCUAUGAGUUUGCAGUUCACACAAGGGAUGAGGCACUGCAGGAAGUUUGUCUUCGCUACCUGGCGUGGAACUGUGAGGCGCUGAUCCUUUCCUCAGCCUGGACAAAUCUUCCACUGGGUCUGAUCAAAGCUCUUCUGUCUCGCUCAGACCUUGUGGUUCGUAAUGAAACUGUCAUCCUGAAUGGACUGGAGAGAUGGGCGGCAGCCCGAGGAAACACAACCAUUCCUGAGAUCCUUUUGAAACUCAUCCGUUUCCCACUGAUACCAGCUGGGGACUUAUACACACUUGAUGGCUCACAGUACCAAGCCAGCAAGUUACAGGGGUUUCAGUUUAAUGCUCUGCCUUUUGCAACAUUGCUAAAUGACCUAAGGGAAGAACGACAUGUCUACACAUCCAGGAUUUACACUGGUAAGCCGUGGAGCUUUACACUCAGCUACGACAUCGUCAAAGCUUACAAAGAUUUUGGGUUCUACACUGUUGAUGGCCAGCACAUGAGCAGUCUCACAUUUGAUUUCCAAACACCAGUUCAUCACAGUACCUAUUUUGCUCUUCACAACAUGCGCUGGAAAACAAGGGUCUAUAUCAGUGCUGCAGAUUGCUCGAGUGAAGGUGUCUCUUGUCCUACUUUGCCAGCUGUUAGUUUAAAGGUUGAGGAAAGGAACAGUGAUCUACCCAGUGAGAUGGAGGGACAUAUUCGUUACAGUAACAGGCUCGUUGUCAUGUGUGAUGGGAGGUAUGUGUUCCACGUUCAUGAAUUUAAUGCUACUGAUGGAGAUAAUCUUGUAUUUGUCCCAAGAGGCACAGAACAAGUCUAUCCAUGUCACUCAAACCUGUUCUCCUACCAGGUGGUGGUGUGUCCUUACUACUCCAUAGAUUAGUUUCUGUUUCCUCUGGGAACUUCAGGAAACAGGAUACAGACAGGGAUGAUUUAUGAACAGCAUAUUAUCUGAUAUCAGGACAAAUUUUUCUUUAAUCAGGUACUUAUACACUCAACAGUUAACAUUUCAUUAUUUCAUUUAGAAGAUGUAGUUGACUGAAUAACUGUUUUUAAUAAAUAAAACACAUGUAAAUGUAUGAAGUCAGCAAUAGGAUUCAUACACACAUGUUACAUUCUGUAAAAGGCU